UACGAUAUUGUUCCGCUUCUGCAUUCAUACCGUUUAAUUUACCAACAGAAUAGUUGAUUUCAAGCAUUAAGCUGUCUUUGGUGUGCAAUUAAUAAUUUAGAGAAAGAUUCAACCCCACUCGGUUCUCUUUCACGUUUACGAAUUUUCACUAAAACAAAAUAGUUCACUAGCGCAGUCACAUUAGCAAACAAGGAAGGGCUACAGGGCACAUUAGCAAAAUAAGACGUGUGCCUGUACGGUGCAAUGCUUGCAUGUGCGCUUUAUCAAACUUGGAUCAUAUUCUAGCUUGUAAUUAAUCAUUGUGGUGGAAAUUAAAAUAAUGGCAGAUAGUGUACAGACGUUAGAGCCCGGUUACAGAAGGUCUGUAGGUGGGGAAAAAUCCGGUAGAAUUCACAAAGGGCCAGGCGUUGUAGCAGCUACAUCAUCAAUACCAACCAAGUACCAGACCAUUGUCACACCAAAUACGGAUAAAAGGGGCUUUGGCGGGACCACAAAACGAUUCAACUAUGACCUGAACGUUAAUGAGAAUCCUGGUCCAGGAACCUAUGGCAAUCUCAGAGUGGGAGCUGUCAAGGAUAGCACGUCCUUCUCAAAGAAAGGGAUGGGCGUCGGCUUUGUCUCCAAGGUGCAUCGAAUGCCAAGGCAGAAGGGCACACUCGGCCCAGGGGCAGCUGCCUACAGCCUCCCCAGCUUGCUACGGACCCAGUCAGACUACAACCAGGCACCGGCCUCCAGUUCCUUCCACAAGCCCAUUGCGGUCGCGCAGGACAAGCGCGGGAACCAACCAGCACCAAAUCAAUACAACAUAUCCGACAAUGUGUUACACAAGCACCAUGGUAGCCAAUUCCAAGCGUCAUUCAAGUCGACCUCCAAGAGGGUAGAUUUCCAGGGACACAAGACAUUAGCGCCUGCUCCUUGCCAGUAUACAAUCAGCGACAGUCUCACCAAAACUUCCAGCAAAGUUCCCACCAGUUGCUUCAAAUCGACCUCCAAACGACAAAUGACUGCCAUGCCUGUCAAUAACCCAGGUCCCGGCCACUACAAGCCUCAUGAACCAGUCGAAGAGCCUGCUAACAGGUUACUGAUGCCGAGAAAGCAUUACUUGUGUAUAUCCGCCCCUGCUAUGCCCCUCCCACCUCCCUUACCAGAGCCGGGCCCGGGCAGCUACGAGCUGGUCAACUACAAGGGUCCAUCUAAGCAUUACAUGUCCGGAGCAGUGUUUGUGUCGACGACAAGUCGAUGGACGGGCAACGUCCACAGGACCUUGGAUAACCCGGGACCAGCAACGUACCGACCAGAACCUGUCAAUAAAGGCCAGUCGUUCCUGUACAACGCACAGAAGAAAUGGAUCCUACCAUGAUCCUCCAAAACUCCUGCUUACCCGUCCGACCUCAGUUUUGUGGACUGUCGUAGCUGUCCCCUUGGCAGGAUUUCAAUAUUUAUCGAAGUGUGAAAAGAAGAUAUUCCCAACUUUGUUUCUGGAAAGAUUGAAACAGAACCUCAGAACCCGUAGAGCUGUAAGCUAAGCUAUUCAUACAACACGUCCACAAAUGUACGAGGUCAGCUUAAAGGAAUGGAAAGUUGUUUUUUUUUUACAGUUGUCCAGCUCCGGAAUGAAAACGUUCUCUGAAACUUCACAGUGCAUUUAAGCUCCCCAAAAAUCAAGUUUCAUUUUUUCAGUAAAAAUAUUUUGGAGUGUUUUCUAAAAGUGUAACAAGUCAAGCCUGAUGAUAAAUAGGUUAUGAGUGUUCCAGAUGGGUCCUGAAAUAUUUGAAAUCUUCCUACAAGGAAUUUAAUUGGCACUCACUUUUUAGGGGGUUGUGAAUUGGGAAUAGAAGGUGAACUGUGAUCCGUCCAGAAUCUUUUUUUUAAAUUUUGGUGUAUAAAACUGCUUUUACUGUCAGGAGGAUAAAAAAAAUCUUAAGAUUUUUAGAUACAGGCAUUUUGUUUUC